GUGGCGUUUACAAACUCCUGUGUAAUGAUUGGCGUGCCAAAGUAAAAGACGUUUUCCUUUUUUCCGGAAAAAAAACUAUUUAGGAAAGGAAAGUGUCUUGAGAAAACAUGGCGGAGUAAGAGAAAUAAACUUUACCGAUGCUUCCUGAAAAAGCCAGAAACUCUCCCACCACAGGAAAUGUAGCGCGGUUACACACUUUAAAGCUUUUCAAAUCUGAAACUGAGGAUGGAGGCCUCAUGUCUGGAACUGGCUCUGGAAGGUGAGCGUCUGUGUAAAGUGGGAGAUUACCAUGUAGGUGUCUCCUUUUUUGAGUCGGCCAUCCAGGUGGGCACAGAAGACCUGCAGAUUUUGAGCGCCAUCUACAGUCAGCUUGGCAAUGCCUACUUCCACCUGCACGAGUACAACAAGGCACUAGAAUACCAUCGGCAUGACCUCACGCUCACCAGAACUAUCGGAGAUGAGCUGGGAGAAGCUAAAGCCAGUGGUAAUCUUGGAAACACUUUGAAGGUUUUGGGUCGCUAUGAUGAAGCAGCAGUUUGUUGCCAAAGACAUCUGGACAUUUCCAGGAUGCUCCAUGAUAAGGUGGGGCAGGCCCGGGCGCUGUAUAAUUAUGGGAAUGUGUACCACGCCAAGGGGAAGAACAUAUGUUGGAGUGGUAUGGACCCUGGAGAAUUUCCCGAGGAGGCACGCAUCGCUCUGAAGAAAGCAACAGAGUACUACGAAGCGAAUCUGGCCAUCGUGAAAGAGCUGGGGGACAGAGCGGCACAGGGCAGGACCUACGGCAACCUUGGCAACUCACACUAUUUGCUCGGAAACUUCCAGGAUGCUGUUCUGGCUCACGAACAGCGUCUCCUUAUUGCAAAGGAGUUUGGAGACAGAGCUGCAGAGCGGAGAGCUUAUUGUAACCUCGGAAAUGCAUACAUAUUCCUUGGAAAAUUUGACGAUGCAGCUGAACAUUACAAGCGGACGCUGCAGUUGGCGCGGCAGCUGAAGGACAGGGCCGUGGAGGCUCAGGCCUGCUACAGUCUGGGCAACACCUACACACUCCUGAAGGACUAUGAGAGAGCCAUAGACUAUCACCUCAAACAUCUCAUCAUAGCUCAGGACCUCAAGGACAGGAUCGGAGAAGGAAGAGCAUGCUGGAGUUUAGGGAACGCCUACACCGCGCUAGGAAACCACGAGCAGGCCAUGAGCUUCUCUGAAAAACAUCUGGAGAUCUCCAAAGAGAUUGGAGACCAUAGUGGGGAGCUGACGGCUCGAAUGAACGUAUCUGAUCUGCAGUUAGUUUUGGGUCUGAAGAGGAAUAAUUCAACCACUAACAGCUCUGCCUUCAUAGAGAGUCCAACCGGUGACAGCAGUCUGCCUGAUGGAAGAUCCAGAGGAAGCAGGAGACACAGCAUGGAGAACAUGGAGCUCAUGAAACUCAGCUCUGACAAAAACAUGUGUCAGAAUUCAGACUUGAAUAUCAAAUCGUUUGCUGAAAAAAGUGUUGCCUCAUCUGUCCAGGACCAGGCCUGUGAGGAGUCUACAACCCCUCAGCAAACCAAAUCGCCAACCAAAUCAUCCAUAGCCAAGACAUCUUCUAAACUUUCCUUCAUCAAUCGCUUCAGGAGCAAAAAAAACAGGCUGAAUGGGUCAAACUCCAGUCCACCAGCUGAGAACCACAGCACCAGCAGCCCAUCUUCAGCCUGUCCGGACAAACAGUAUGCCCCAGACACUGUGGGUGACGAUGGCUUCUUUGAUCUUCUGAGUCGUUUUCAAGGCAGUCGCAUGGAUGACCAAAGGUGCUCGUUACAGGACAGCCUAAGCCGUGUUCCCGCCCCUUCCGUUCCCUGUGAAAGCCCACCUGUAGCCUCGAACAAACCAAUUUCCACGUCCGGAGCGGAGGCCUCGGCACAGCCUGGCCAUUUCCUAGACCUGCUGGCCAGCUCACAGAGCCGUCGACUGGACGAGCAGCGGGCCAGUGUGGACAGUCUCCCGGGUCUCCGGCUGGACCAGCGCCACAGCCAGGACGUUCUCAGCAAACUCAUGGCCGAUGACAAAGAACCGGAUGAAGACUUCUUCGACAUGCUGAUUCAGUGCCAGGGAUCCAGACUGGAUGAUCAGAGAUGUGCUCCUCCACCUCCUCCCACCAGAGGCCCUACAGUCCCAGACGAAGACUUCUUCAGCCUCAUCCUUCGCUCCCAGGCCAAACAGAUAGAUGAGCAGAGAGUCAUCUUACCAACAGACACAAGACCUCUUCAGAGCAAUCCUGACUGACAUGUUCUUUAUGAAGCCAGAAUAAUAUUUUAGGACCUUGCAACCUCACUGAAGUCUUACUCCUGAAUCAUUUCCUUGAUGAAAAUCAGAGCCUACAAGAUGAUUUCUCCUCUCACUUAACAAGGUUUUUGUAAGAGGAGAUGCAUGAAGUUCUUUUAUUCUCUCUUCUACCAUGAUCUGAACUGGAUUCAGAUAUUCAGACAUAAGAUAUACGCUUAUAUUCAGACCAUGACCGCAGUCUCUUUCUCAGGGAUUCAGUACAAUGCACUGAAAGUAUUUCAUUCACCUGGAUAACUGGAUGGACUUACUCAGCGGUGGAUUAGGAUGUCUGAACAUUUUAUAUAUAUUUUUAACACUAAACAUAUAUUAGUUCUGUUUUGAUUCUUUCUUUGACUUGAAAUGUUAUGUUAUAUCUUUUAAUACCAGAGGAGCAAGGCUCUAUAUUCAUAUUUUUAGGUUGUACAAUCAAGCAGUCUGCAAAAGUUUGAAUUUAUGUGAAUAUAAAAUUCUAGAUUCUGGAAAGUGUAUAAGACAAGAAUGUGUUACUCAUUUUAAAUGACAAGAGGAAUAAAGCCUCAUUUGAAUA